CAGGGACUUACAGAAGCAUUUUUGGAAUAUCUCUGGAAGAAACUGCAGAAUCCAAAUAACCCUGCAAUAAUCAGACAAACAACUGCAAGUUAUAUUGGGAGUUUCCUUUCUCGAGCCACUUUUAUUCCUUUGGUGACUGUGAAGGCCUGCCUUGAUCUCUUAGUUAACUGGUUGCACAGUUACAUUGACAACCAAGAUGCUGGAAGUAGGGCUUUUUGUGCUGUUACAUCCCAUGGACCAUUUUACGCUGUUUGCCAGGCAGUAUUCUAUACGGUUAUCUUUCGGCAUAAGGAGCUUUUAGAAGGAAACUUGCAGAAAGGUACUACAAACCUCUGUAUUUUCAGUUGUUCUUUCAUUGCAUGUGUUAUCUAA